AAUUUAAGUACAUUCGCACACACACACACACACGUUCGUUUUCCGCCACCACCGUCGCUCGAAUCCACGGCAGCGAUCGAACCGCGCCGGAUUCGGAGAACGUUAUUUCACGUUUUUACUCACCACCGUCGGCGAAACAAACAAAUCGAACGUUAAGUCAACGCGCGAUUGGCGUCGUCGUCCCUUAGUAAAGUCACGCGACACGAGUCUCAGUGACAGUUUUUCCACGCGAGAAUCUUCUUUUUCCUUAUCUUUUUUUUUUUACGAAUGUUUAUUAUUUAGGAGGACGUUCGAGGGACACGCACAUCAGAGAUAUACUCGAUAAUAAAUCUCCGAAUUAGGUGCAGCUUGACGUGAGUGUGUUCGUCCCCGUGAGUGUCCUGUCGCCCACACGCGGGAACACGCCUUUUUCCCCCGCGCGAGAGGAAUUUCGCGCGGCGCGAUGUUACACAAUGAUUUUUUUUUCUGUUCGCUCGUUUCGAUUGCACCUUCUGCACUUGUGUGUUUGCAUCUCGCUCGUGUUGAAAAAAAAUAUACAGCGCGGAAUUUUUUGUGUAAUAAGUUAACGUUUAAUUGAGUGCCACGCGUUGUUUACACACACGUUGUUUCUCUCUCUCUCUCUCUCUGUCUCUCUGUCUCGGGAGUAAUUUUUGACGAAACAGGUUUAUUAUCUCUGGGUUGUUGUCCGUGUCGCGGAUACGCGAUAUCCGUUCGCGUUUUAAAAGACGGAGAAAAAAAAUAGACGAGCAACCGUGUUGCCGACGUUGAAAUUCAAACGUAGGUGCCGAAUGUCUAGAACUCAGCUGGCAAAAUGGGCAAGUUGUUGUCAAAGAUUUUUGGCAACAAGGAGAUGCGUAUUCUCAUGUUAGGAUUGGACGCAGCUGGAAAAACUACAAUAUUGUAUAAACUUAAACUAGGACAGUCUGUGACAACCAUACCAACUGUAGGAUUCAAUGUAGAAACAGUUACCUAUAAGAAUGUUAAAUUUAAUGUAUGGGACGUAGGUGGUCAAGAUAAAAUACGUCCGUUAUGGCGUCAUUAUUACACAGGGACGCAAGGACUUAUUUUUGUAGUAGAUUGCGCGGAUCGAGAUAGAAUUGACGAAGCUCGCCAAGAACUCCAUCGAAUCAUAAAUGAUAGAGAAAUGCGUGAUGCGAUAAUCUUAAUUUUUGCUAAUAAACAAGAUCUUCCUGAUGCAAUGAAACCGCACGAAAUACAAGAGAAAUUGGGAUUAACUAGGAUACGAGAUAGAAAUUGGUACGUUCAGCCAUCAUGUGCCACAACGGGAGACGGGCUUUACGAGGGCCUUACGUGGUUAACCAGUAAUCAUAAAUUAUGAGCAAAUAUUUAUUUUUCACAAACUAGCUAUAUAUAUUAUAUAUUACGGAGAAUACACACACACACAUUUGCUUUGUAUUUUUUCAUUUUAAUUUAUCAUGCGGAGGCUCUGUUAUAAGACAAACAACAACAACAACAACAACAACAACAGAUGACAGUGGUAUGAUAUGACGUGGUCUUUUACACUGGCAAAAGUUGUUGCGGGUGCAAAAGAGAAAACAAAAAAAAGAAAAUACAGAAAGAAACAAUAUAAAGACAAACUGUUAACGGUGUGUUCCAAUAAUAAUAUCGCGAUACUAGACGAAUAGUAAUUUAUUAUUAUGUAAACGAGGUACCAAGGAAUGUGACUUUUGUUAUUUAGCUUAUUUAUCCUAUUUCAUGUGGAAGUAAACUAUUGAACUAUAGAAUUACACAAACAACAGGUUCAAACAACAUCACUCUCUCUAUAUAUAUGUAAAAUAUUUCACGCGACUUUGCGAAACGGAUGAGUUGUACAAGUUUACAAAAAAAAAAAAAAAAAGAAAGAAAGAAAGACAAAUAUUUACCCUGGUUGAUGAUAUUAACUCACGGAUUCACACGCAACAUAAAAAGAAUUAGCAUAAUUUUUUUUUAUACCUCUCUCAUUUGCGCAGGACUUUACUCGGUGUCUGAUCCAAUUUGUUAUUUGAGAUAAGAGAUAGAUUGCGUUUGUCGAGCGAGAAAAAAAGUACCUCACAUUUUUAACAAAUCAUAGUUUAAAUUUUUUUUAAGUUCGCAAUAAUCUUGUUGUCUCCCUAGAAUGCUAUUUAAUUGUGUUUUUUUUUUUUAUAUAGUAUUCUCUAAAAACGCGAUAUAAUAGGUAAUGAGCGAAUUUACAAGCACCUACAUUGAGGCUCUGUACAGCGAGAUUAUUUUUGUUAGAAGAUCACAUAAUUCUUAUUUACUUAUAUUUUUGUAUCAAAAGUAAUCCGUUUAUUGAGUUAAGUACCAACCAUCGUCUUCCAACUCGAUGAACAAUUUAUUUUUUUACGGAUUAUUCCCGUUGUCCGUUUCGUUCGUCUCCCUCACACGUGUGCAUUUUUUUAAAAACAAUAUUUUUUAAUCGAAAUGCAAUGAAAAUCCAACGUGCCGGAGUUCUCCUCAAUUACGCACAAGCUGCAGAAUUUAUAAUAGAAAGAGCAACGCGACACAAGAGUUUUGAAUUUGUGUAGCCGAUUGUUGAGCUCAAAAAUCACGAAAACUAAAACAACAAACAAACAAACAAAAAAAGACAAAUAGAACAAUGUUACAAAGAGCGUAACAGCAUUGAAUCUGCCAAUAUUUUUUACCAUUUAAGUGAGAGUAUUGGAUAAUAAAAGCAUAUUAGUAUUAGGUCGUUAACGAUCGAGACCAUAAAUCUAAAAACGGCAUUUUAACGGAUAAGUGUUUCCGUGAUUAUUUCAUUUCUCAUAAUAGCAUAAUCCCCCCCCCCCCCAUUGCGUAACGUAAGAUUUAGCGAAGCAUAUAUUUCGAAGUUUAUAAAAAAAAAAGAAAAAAAAACAUGGUUCAUAGGUAACGUUUUACAAGUGUUCAAAAUAUUUGUAUUAAUUGUCAGAUUGAGUUGCGAGAGUGAAUAAUAAUGAUGAAUAUAUACAUCUGUUUACGAACAUGAUGACACAAUCUUGUUUCCAAACAUUCCAAACUAGCGCGUUAAGUUGUUGGAGGAAUGUUUUAUAUAGUUAAAAAUAAUAAUCUACAAAUCGAUUUAACACACACAGAGAUUUUUCUAGAUGUUGUAAGUUCUCAUAUACAUACACACACACAUACGACUUCUUCUCAGCAUCCGUACCAUUAAUAUAUAAGUAUGUCAUUUUUAAGAAAUACAUGAGAUGUGAAAUUAUGAGCGCGCACUGUCUGUGUAAAAAAAAUUUAUAAUCAGGCUUUGGAAGUACCGAGCUAAUUUUUUUUAGAACAUAGUAGCUACAAUUUAAUAACACGCUCUAUGGCUACGCGUUUGUUUAUGUACCAACCUCAUCAUCAUCAUCAUCAUCAUCGUAAUCUCUGCAUUUUUAACAAAUGUUUCCAAAUAGCGAUUAUUGUAUACUAACUAUAUAAAAAAAAAAUAUAUAUAUAUAUAUAUAUAUUCUUUUAAAUGCAAAUAUGAUAUACAUUUGUUACGUUUUACCGUCGGCUUUUAUAUAUAUCACAGAGCCAUUUUCUCAUUUAUUAAAAUGUAAAUGUUAUGAUGUUGAUUGACAAAAUUUUAUGUGUAUAUAAAAAAAUAUGUUUGAUAUAAUUCUAAAUGUACUGUUUUUUGCGUCGAGUGUUUUUAUGUAUUUCGUAUAUUCGCUAACAUACUAUAAAAAAAAAAACGGAAUAUACACCAAAUUAACGGAUUGUACGCGAUAAGAAAAACAAAAAACAAAAAAAAAAUGAAGAGAGAUUUCACAAGAAUUAAUACAGAAGAUCACACACUCCACUCGAAUUUGGAUAAAGAGCUCUUUUUUUUUUUUUUUUUUUUUAAGUCGUGUAAGUU